AUGCCCUGCGGCUUAACCGGAGUAUUAAAGGGGUCGCUGCAGCUGCGUUUGGAGCAUGCGCACAUCCGUUUCUUCUUGCACUGGGAAACGUAGUUUUCUGGCAGCUGUAUCCUCAGCACCAGGAAAGAAGAUGUCGGGAUUCCUAGAUAACAUCAGAUGCCCAGAAUGUGAAUGUAUUGACUGGAGCGAAAAGCGAAACGCCAUUGCAUCAAUGGCUGCUGGUGUGUUGUUUUUCACAGGCUGGUGGGUUAUCAUUGAUGCUGCUGUGAAGUACCCUGAAAUGGACAAAUUCAACCACUCCUACCACACCUGUGGUGUUAUAGCAACACUUGCAUUUCUCAUGAUAAAUGCAGUUUCAAACGGACAAGUUCGUGGUGAUGGUUAUAGUGAAGGUUGUUUGGGCCAAACAGGUGCUCGAGUUUGGCUGUUCGUUGGUUUUAUGUUGGCAUUUGGAUCCCUCAUUGCAUCCAUGUGGAUCCUUUUUGGUGGUUAUGUUGUGCCACAAAAGCCAGAUGUUUACCCUGGUAUAGCUGUCUUCUUCCAAAAUGCGUUUAUCUUCUUUGGGGGUCUGGUUUUCAAGUUUGGACGUACAGAAGAUCUGUGGCAGUAAAUAUGUGGACGUAGAAGUCCACUGACUACAUAUUUCGUAUUUUCUCACCGUUUGCAUCUUGCUGUGUUCGGUGUAACUUUUGCCUCUGCCACUGUACCAUUUUUCCCUUUUGGAAUUCAUCACUUAUAUUUGACUUCUGUGUUUUUGUUAUUUAUGGGCAUUGUCAGGAUGAGUGGUAUAUAAUAAUGUAGAACAGAUUAAAUUGUUACCUAGUGGUUGCUGAAUUCAAAAUGGAGGAUUAUAGCCAAAGUGUAACAUUGACUUUUUUUAAAAUGCUGGAUGGGAUUUUCUGAGCAAGAUGUGUUGAGUCACUGAUUUUGUUGUCAAUCUUCCAAUGGUGUAUCUAUUCCAUAAUUGCUGGGAAAACCAAUUUUUACAUGGUAUCGGUGACAUGCUGUUCCAUUAACCCUGGAAGAAGUGUGAUGCAAGAGUGGGUACAGUUUCACAAAAUGUUCCAUUAUUUCUGUCCAUGCAUUCUGUGCUGGUACUGGUUCUCUGGCAAGCCCGACUAUGAUCAUUGGCCAUGUAUUCCUUAUUCUUUGUAGUAUUACUUGCUCUUCUCAUAGUCCUAGAGAACGUUCUCAUGAUCUAUGCCCAAUUGCAAGGUUCACGAUUCAGAUACUUCUUGUUAGUCAUUUUGUGUCAGAGAACAAGGAAUGAGUGCACUGAAGAUGUCAUGUGACUGCUGACUUUAACCACAAGCAGCAAUUAACAUCUUUUGGUCAUUGUAACAUUUGGAAACAUUUUCUGACCUAAUAAUUUGAGGGCUUGAUCAUACUGGCAAAUGUAACAGUGACAGCACUUGCUGCAUUAACCUUUCUAUGCUGAAUGGGCAGCAAUCCAAGUGCAUACUGCCAAGUUCAAAUCAUUACAGGUAUUGUAACGGCAAAGCUUUCUUGUGGGAGCAUGAACAACAAUGCUCAUGCCGAGCCGCUUCGUUAUUUGACACAAAUCCACGUUGUAUUUCUGCUUAGUUUCAAUGUGACUUACCAAUCACUGAUCAUAGAUAUUAAAUUGCUCCUCCCAUUACAUAAUCUUUCUUGUUAAUCUGUAAAUUUUAAGUCCAUUCUUCCCACUUCUUUGGGAUGAGGAGGUGGUAGCUGCUGUCUCCUAAUAACAUGGUUAUUUGUUCACCUUGCCUUUUUACCUCAGCAACACCCUGUCCCAUCCCACCCCUCUUCAUGAAUAAAUAGAAAAUGCCUAAUCUAGCAAGCAGUGCAGCUGCUGUAUCAUUUGGAAUGUGUAGACUGGGAUUCUAACAAAUAUUAACUAUGAGAACUUGCUGAUCUCUGCACCUGGAAAUUUGAUUCAAACAAAAUGCCAAAAAAACCUAAAAAAAAUCAAUUCUGCAGUUCAGAAAUCUAAUUGCAAAUAAUUUUGCUUGACAGAAAGUCCUGAAUGAGUCUACGUUAGGUGAUAUUAGACCCAUCUCUGCCUAGAUUACUUUGUAUAACUGUCUUAAAACUAGCAUGAAUACAAGAAAUUUGCGCUUGCAGUUUUUUUUAAAAAUGGGGACAGACCUGUGUUAUUGUUUUGGAGAGUUUGACAAGCACUUUAACCUAAUUCAUGAAUGUUUUGCCAAAAUAGAAUGGCAUUAACCAGGUUAUUCCACACAAUAUCUUCCUUAACUCCUGUGCUGGAAACAGCUUUACAAUAUAGAUGCAGCAGAAGUUUCUAGGAAAUUCCCAACCAAUAUUUGUUUUAAAUAUAGAAGCUCCUGGAUGUAAAACUAACUUGAGCUCAUGCAGAGCAACAUAGAAACUAAAGAUGUUCUGGGGAUUUAGAGCCAGACAGAUAACUUGUGUAGUUGCUAUAGCUGUACCUUUGUCUACGAAAUAAGAUUUGCAUUGUUCAACCACUUAAAACCACUGUUUGUUAAAACGAUGAUGUGCUGGUGAACGCUGCAAGACUGCAUUAAAGAUUUUGGGGUUUGUAAGCUGGAGAUUCCUUGUGAAUGUACCUCCCUUAACUUGACUAACUUUCUUGUGCUGUCCUUUUUCCAAUCUGAAAUCCAACUUGGUGGAACACAUUAUUUACUUCAGUCAGAACAGGAAAAAUAAGUAGCAAUAAAUGACUUGAGUAGUUCAAAGAAAGAUGACCAUUUCAGAUUUGGGGGAAUAUUGUAAUGACCGUUUUAAGAUUAAAAUGAAGGUAAUUAUCAACUGUAUCUAAUCCACAUUUAAUACUGAUGAUAGGGAAACUCAAGUGAUCAGUGGUGGCAUUCUUAGAAUGUUAGUUUAUUUGAAAUUCUGACAUGUUGGCAGCCAUGUCCACUACAAAUCAUGUUGACCCCUCUCGUACAGACAUAUACAUGGUCUUUAAGUUGUAGCUUAUUAGUAAUUAUGGUUUGUAUAUUCUGCUAUAGUUGUUGCAUUCCUGAAAACACAAUAAAGGAUUCCUACAAAAUGCUGAAUCAUAAUUAUUUGAUAUAUAACUUAGUUUUGCACAGGCAUGUAAUGGAAAGUUGACUUUAGUGCACAGUCAUCAUUUAUGACCUUUUAUUUUUCUUUGUUAAAGUUACCAUGGAGCUCAAUCGUGUAUUUUAAUGACUUGCUAUUUUGUGUAAUCAAUACUUCAUUUGUUUUAAUUACAAAGUGUAUGUGCAAUCUAACAACUGCAAAAUUACCGAGUAUUAAAAUCAUAAUAAAGGAAAAUUUCAAAAAUGGUGGAGCAA